AUUUUAUUAAUGCAAACAGAGAGGAAUGAAUUAAAACUAGCUGGUAGUUGCGAGAUGGAGGAUUUAAUUAGUAACGUUUAGUAUGUUAUUCUUAAAGUCUACCCUUACGAAGUGGUAAAUCAGCAUUUCAGUAAUUUUGUUGAAAAAUCAAAGGAGUUUUAAGAAACCAGGGAAUAGCUAGUAAGAAUAGGUUCCAAUCUUCGAUUAAAACUAGACGAUUGGCCGACAAUUGAAGAAGCAAAAAUCUUGUUUUAAAUGAAUAUGUAUAAGAAUUGAUAAUCAUAAAUAAAGAUAAAAUGCAAGGAGAAGAAGUGUAAAAUGGAAUGAUUAAGAUAAAAGAUUAUUUUAUUGGGUGGUUAUCAGAUAUUGUUUAAUAAAAGAAAUCAAUUAACUUGUAAUUUAAAUUAUUCUUAAAAAUAAGACACCAAUUGAAUGGAGAGAUAUAGCUAAAAUGACAAUAGGACGUAAUGCUCAUUAAUGUAGAUUAAAAUGGGAGUAGAAAUAUAAAAUUUCUCUUUCAGAAGCUCCUUGGACAGAAGAUGAAGAUUAUUUACUUUAAUUAGUGCAUGAGUAUUAGAAUAAUUAUAUAUGUUUAAGAGAGUUUAGUAGAUUAGGAAAGGAAAAUAAAUGGUCAUAAAUUGCAAGAGAAAUAUAUAAAAGAUCUCCAAAUAAAAUAUUUAGAUAACCAAAAUAAUGUAGAGAAAGAUGGAUAAAUAGAUUAGAUCCUAAUAUUUGCAAGUAUUUAUAUUGAGUUAUUAUUAGUGAACCUUGGUCUAAAUAAUAAGAAAUAGAUCUUUUGAAAACUAUAUUGAUUAGAGGAAAGAAAUGGUCUGAAUUAUCUGCUCUUUAUGGAAGAGUGAGAACAGAGAAUUCUCUUAAAAAUAAAUAUAAUUCACUUUUAAAAAAAGAAAAAUUAAAAUAUGAAUUUGAAACAAUAAAUCCUCAAUUAUUUUCAAAAGUAUAAAAAUUAAGAAUGGAUUAUGCAAAUAAAUAUGGUAAAAUAACACCAAUAGAAGAAAUAGAUAAUUAUGAAUGGUAAUUUAUAGUUUUAGCAAUCUAAAGUUUAUAUAUUGAUUUAUGUGUUUCAGAAGGUAAGUAUUCAGAAGCAUAGAAAAUUAAAAAUGACGAUUUUUUUGAUUUAUUUCAUAAUGAAUUAACUUCAAGUACCAAAAAUAAUGUUCUGUAUAAAAAAUUAUUAAACAUUAAAAGAGUGGAUAAUCUAUUUUCUGUUGAAAAUGAUAGAUCCGGAGUUGUACUUUUUAAUAAAAAGACUAAAAAGUUAUUUAUAUCCCCUUUUAAUGCAUUAGAUUUUUAAGGAUUAAUUUUAAAGCAUAUAUGUAAAUAAAUAAAAACUGAAGAGAAUAAUAAUAGUAAAUGUUCAACACUCACUUAAUCUGAUCAUAAUAUGUUUAUGAUUCAAAAGUCAAUUGAUGAUAUAAAUAGAUAAGGAACAAUAUAACCAUUAUUAUUAUUGGCCAAUCAGCCAUCUUUUAUGUUACCUCUUGGAUAAAGCAUGAUAAAUAGUUAUUGGUUACCACCUGUAUUACCAUGUAUGUCACAAUCUAUUGGAGGAUAUCAACAUUAACAACAAAAUAUUUAAGAAUAGGUUGCUUAGACUAUUAAAGAAAUUAAUAAACCUGUAAGUUUUGAUGAUUUGUUUGGUAAUGAUAUUAAAGUUGUGGAUUCUGAUGGAGAAAAAUGAUAAAUUUAUGA